AUGUCGUGUUGUAGUUUACUGUUGCUUGCUGCACUAUUGUUUGUAGAAGUUACAAGUCAAUUUGCUGCUGGACCAGGGCGUUUUGAAAUUCCUCAGACAAUGUCAGUGAUGGGUACAAGGUCCGACGUAUCGAAUUCGAAUGCUAACCUGAAUAUAGAUUCCUCCGGAUCGCUACAAAGCUCAAAAAAGACUCAUAUCUUGGACGACACUAGCAGUAGUGGAAGUAAUAGUGAAGAUGGUGAGACCGAAAACUCUGCAAGUGAAAUGAAUGAGAGUGACAGUUGGAGUGGCUCAAGUAGCUCAAGUAUGGAAUAUGAAUGUGAUUGUCGUAUGGUUCGCCGAGUCUCAUUAAUGGGGGCGUCGGAUUACUGCCUAGCUCCAAAAGCCUCGCUAAGUAGCAAGUGUGGCAACAUUGAUUUGGCCGAAAAUGGUGCUUGUCCUAUUACUGGGGCACAGCCAUGUUCAAUGAAGGGUCAUGUACUAGCAAACGAUUCGAUCUGUGCACUGGAUGAAAAGGAUGAAACGUACAAGUGUGUUGCGAGUAAAGAUGAUUUAGAGAUUCAAAAAAAUGGAGGCAAGAAGAGGAAGAAAUUGAAUCGCUACAAGGACUCGAAUUCAUCCAAAAGCAGUGCUAUCUCGCAACUUCAAAGGAAGCGUCUAUGGCUAGCCAUUGUCGUUUGCGUUGUAUCUGGGGUAAUUGUAUGUAUGUAA